GAAGCAAAGCGAAGAGAGAAGAAAACGAGAUAUAUCUAUGUCAUAUGCCUCGUCGGCCUGGUUCAAUCUCGACCUCUUUUUCCAAAAAUAUGGCCGUCCAUUCGAGAUGUCACCUUACGAGUGUACUUCGUUUCACCUUAUGCCCGGACGCAGCGAAUGCGAUGAGCUAUGCGAGCCGAUCCCGUUCUGUGGAUGUAGCUUACGAUACACUUUCCGCUUGUCGCUGUGCCCCCUCUCCAAGGUCACGUGACGCUUGGACGACCUUGGAUUGGCUUUGAUGGCUCGUAGCAUCCGCUGCGCUCAGAUGUAAGGUGAAAUGGGGCAUAGUGUUGUACAGAUUGUAGCGUCCCGUCUACAUAUCCUGCAUUGUUUUUGUUUUUUUUAAAUCCAAAUUUUUGGUUCACCAUUUCUUUAACCUGCUCAUUUCACGAGCCUGGCUCUGAAGCGUACACACACCAUCUUCUGAACUUUGCAGGUCAAGGCUGUGUCAAAGGAAAAUGUGAUGGAGGAGAGCUGCUGGCAAGCAACACUGAUUCUACUCUCUACCAGGAAUCAUAUGGUUGUCUUUUUAGACUUGGGCUAGGUGGCGCAAGCUAUUGCCCAUUACAAAGGCGCAACAUCACUUCGCCCAAGCAGAGCCAGAAGGGAUGCUGCCUCGCCCAACAAAUGGAGGGUUCUGGAUGGAGAAUUUUGACGGUCAGCCUUUGUCGCAGCAGCCACUGGAAGGACAUCCCUGGAGUGCUCUGUCCCUCGAGGUGAAGCAAGAAAAAGAAGAAGUGCCACCUGCUUCUACAGAUGGAGAAAUUGGGGGUGGGAACUUCAACAGUCAGCUCGCGUCGCAGCGGCCGCUAGAUGGGCAUCUCUGGGGUGCUGCUCCAGUAAAACAAGAGCCAGUGGACACAGAUUCGGACAACGAAGGCAAGAGCACCACCUGCAAAGACAGCAACAGCCAGCCCAGCUCCCAAGACCGAUUGGACAAAGUGCAAACGAGAGACAGCCAAAACUCUGAGGUCGUCCACCGGUGCCGCUUCUGUUCUCACAUAUUCCAUUCCGAAAUCAGCGUCACGACUCACGAAAAAAUGCAUCAGGGAGGACCACCCUUUUACUGCCAUUUCUGCCAUAAGGAAUUUAAGUCUAAGAGCAGUCUAAAUGUCCACAAAAGGGUACACACGGGUGAAAAGCCUUUCAGUUGUCUCGUGUGCAACAAGGCCUUUGCAGAGGCAUCUCAUUUGACCAUCCACAAGCGAAGCCACAACGGGGAAAGGCCCCACAAGUGUGACUUGUGUGGCAAGGGAUUCAUCACUGGCACUAGCCUGAAGAUUCAUCACAGGACCCACACGGGAGAGAAGCCCUUUGAGUGUAGUACCUGCCACAAGAGGUUCACACAGAGGAGCCAGUGCGUGGUUCACGAAAGAACGCACACAGGGGAAAAAUUGUUUAAGUGUGACACGUGCGGGAAGGCGUUUACCGAGAAACACACCCUGGUAGGGCACAUGCGGAUUCACACUGGUGAGAAGCCCUUCAAGUGUGGCGUCUGUGGAAAUGCGUUUAGGACGAGCAGUCACCUGUCAACUCAUAGGAGCAGACACAGAAAGUAGGCCCUGCUGAUGCCACACACACGCUGUUGAGAGCAUACAAGAAGCAAUUCAGGGCAGAAAAGAAAUUGAGAGAAAAGCAUUAGGGUGGGCUAUCACUCUUAGAUACAGUGGAAUUUCUCUAAAUGUAACCUUAAGGAACCACGGAAAUCUUUCAUUUAUUAAAAGUCUCAUUUACUGCAAAAUGGGUGUAUGAUGCCAUAGAAAUGCUAAAUGCUGUCAUGGAUCUUGUACACAAUAAGUACAGUGCAGAAAAGUUUCACAAUAGAAAUUUUGUGAAAUCGGCUAGUUCAGAUGUCGAAUUUGACGUGCGACAACUGUAAUGUAUCGACUCACGAGAAAUUUGUUAAACCUUAUUGAUUGCUUUAUUGAUAUCGCUGGAUAAACUUCGUUUGAUUUCGCUCAGUUGGUUUACUAGGCCUGGUAAAUUGAGAAAAGACCUUCAACAUCAAAGAACAGGCGUAUAAUCUCAAUGUAUUUCGUAAGUUUUUGCACCGCCAAAAGAUCAGUCACCGCUUGUCACUCACCGCCAUGUCCGUUUUAUUCUUCAGCUUUUGCUCGUAUACGAUGGCGGACAAAAAUCAGACUUUUGUACAACCUCGCACCGCCUCGGAGGUCAGACGUCACAGUGAUGUCAAGCGACUGCUGUCAGUGUCCGCAUUUCUUAUUUGGGUGAUUGAGAGGUCUGGGUGAGGUGGCAGAAAAAUCUCGCUCCAAGAGCGAGGAGCACACGCAUCCUUUUCUGGAUACACACGUCCUUACCCGUCCUGUUCAAAAGGCUCAUCUGUUUUUCAAGGCCUAGUUUUGCGACACUAGGCUCGUCAACAAAAAAAGAUGCACCGUGUGAAUAGACCUUGAGUGCCAGCUAGGUAGUGAACGUAGUGAAUAUAGUUGACAAAACACAUGAAAUAGUGACAAAAACCCUGAGAUAUGCAAAUAUCAGUUUUUCCUGUCUUUUGCAUUCUUUCGUGUGAUUUUUGCCCUGUUGUAUAGACCCUCUUAUUGUUUACAAACGCCCCAUUUGGGGCAAGCCUUCCGAGCCUGUUAAUGUAAAAAUUUUUGGGAUGAUAAAGUUCUACAGAACUCACGAAGUUGGGGUUCUUGCAAGGCCCUUCUGCUGCGCUAUAAAAAAAAUAAGAGGGAAUCGGUCAUCAUACAGGAGUUAAAUUAUCUCCAACAAAUCUUACGAACCGGUCCUUUUGGUGACCGCCUGGUGAACCGCGCCUCCUUGCCCUUUCAAUAAAAGGGACUAUAGAAUGCUAGUAAAUUCAGUGACACUGGGUUGUGCUAGAAUUCAUAAGAAAGGUGUUGGGAAUGUAUUUUUGUAGAAAUGGGAUGGGGUUCUGCCUUCAAAGUCUUGAGCUGACCCUAAACCCUUCAAGCUCAAAUAGCGAUGUUGUUAGCACAUGUAUUUUGUUUGUGCAUUAAUUUUUUUGGGGUGCUCCUGCUGUAAUAAAGUGGUGAUUGUCAGACA